GCUGCCAGCUGUCAGCGGUCCUGCAGUAAGCACAGGGUAAGGAGAGGAGGUGCUGCUGAGGUCCCAGGGGAGGGUCCAUGCCACUGAGAGAAAUGAACGAGGCACACAGAAAACGAGAAAGAGUUACAUAGAAGAGGAGAGUUUCUUUCCAGACAUUAUCAGAGUUACCAUCAGCGCUGUAGCUGCCUUUCGCCAGUGUCUCCUGUUUCAGCACCACCAAGCAGCGGACAGUUCCCGGCACCAUUCUUGCCAGGAGCAGCUGCAAGACUUCACUCACAUCUCCAGUUAAUCGCCCUCCUGAAUCCAUUAUCUCACUGUAAACCAUAGGUUUCCUACAGUUUAUUCUCCAGGGGACCCUGCAGCACAAUGUACCAGGGACAUAUCCAGGGGAAAAGCUCUAGGGCAGCAGAUAAGGCUGUUGCUAUGGUGAUGAAGGAGAUACCGAGGCAGUCGUCUGCAGAGGAAAAGCCCCUCCUUACUAUCACAUCACAGCUGGUGAAUGAACAACAAGAGAGCAGGCCUCUUCUCAGCCCAUCUAUUGAUGACUUUCUGUGCGAAACCAAAUCAGAAGCAAAGGCCAGGCCAGUAACUUCAAAUACAGCAGUGUUAUCACCAGGGCUGGAUCUUCUUGAUUUGAGUGAACCCAUUCCAUCAACUCAGAGUAAAGGGAAGAAGUCAGAAUCUGCUCUUAAGGGUGAAGCCUCCAAAGGACAAUCCGUUAAAAAGAAGGUUGAUGAGUCUGAUUUCAUAAAAUCUGAGGUUGAAAGAAGCACAAAGAGUGUCAAAAUUCCAGAGAAAGCAACAUUGGAUUUAGUACACAUUCAGACACAGUUGGAAAAAUGGGGUGAUGGGUGUUUUCGAGGAGAUAAAAGCAGCGAGGUUCAUCGGGGCCUGGAAAGAAAAUCAUCAUCUAAGGCAUCUUCUAAAGAGCUCUUAUGGUCUGCAGAUGGUAGAUCACAAGCUGAAUCAGUCAGGGACAGGAAUAAUGUAGUGGAGACUGUGCAAGCAUCUGACAUAGAAUUAGCACCUGCUGCAAAAGGACAGUUAUGCAGAGAGUCACGCUUGGGAAGAGCAAGCCUGUCCAGAAAUCAAUCACUAGAAGAAGAAUUUGAAAGAGCUAAGGCUGCAGUUGAGUCAGACACUGAAUUUUGGGAUAAGAUGGAAGCUGAAUGGGAAGAGAUGGCAAGACGGAACUGGAUAACUGACAAUUCGAACUCAUCUAACCAGUCUGGAACUUCUUCCAAAGAAACAGGCUACUAUUUCCACAUGGAUAAUCCUUUUAGGGAAUGUUUCGCAGCCUUUGAAGAAGGGAUGAAGAAACUAAAAGAAGGGGAUUUGCCUAUGACCAUCCUAUACCUGGAAGCUGCCAUUUUACAGGACCCCAAUGAUGCUGAGGCCUGGCAGUACCUUGGCAUCACACAGGCCGAGAAUGAAAAUGAACAGGCAGCCAUUGUAUCUCUACAAAGGUGCUUACAGCUACAACCAAAUAAUUUGAAAGCGCUCAUGGCCCUGGCUGUCAGCUAUACCAAUAUCGGACACCAGCAGGAAGCAUACAAAGCUCUGAAGAUGUGGAUGAAGCAGAACCCAAGAUAUAAGUACCUAGUGAAGAGUAAAUCUGAAUCUCCGUCAUUGAUGCGAAGGAUGUCAAAAACUUUAAGCGAAAGUGGUUCGCUGGAGGAGGUGAAGGACUUAUAUCUGGAGGCAGCACAUCAGAACGGAAACCUGGUAGAUCCAGACUUGCAGACUGGACUCGGAGUCUUAUUCAACCUCAGUGGAGAGUUUGAUAGAGCUGUGGAUGCUUUCAACUCUGCCUUAAUGGUCCGACCAGAGGACUACUCAUUGUGGAACCGCCUGGGAGCAACAUUAGCAAAUGGAGAUCGAAGUGAAGAAGCUGUAGAAGCCUACUCAAAAGCACUGGAAAUUCAGCCAGGUUUUAUUAGGUCCAGAUACAAUUUAGGAAUAAGCUGCAUUAACCUUGGGGCCCACAGGGAAGCUGUUAGCAACUUCCUUACAGCUCUAGGUCUGCAGAGAAAAAGUAAGACUCAGCAACAAGCCCAACACCCUGUAAACUCAGGCAACAUCUGGGCCGCACUCAGAAUAGCUCUGUCAAUGAUGGACCAACCCGAACUCUUUCAUGCCGCCAAUGUAGGAGACCUGGAUGUCCUCUUACGAGCUUUCAAUAUAGAAUUAUGAAGCAAUGUCUGGACCUCAAAACAUUUUUACAAACUACAUAGUGUUCGCUGCAGUUGGGCAUGAUAUUCAGUACUUCCAUUACCAGAUGAUAACUUGGCUUUUUUUUUUUUCUGCCCAAAGCUCGCUGGGUUAUAUCUGACACAAAAAGCACAAAAAAACGGGGAAAUGUAGAUAAAGCCGAUUUUAUAAAACGUUUAAAAAUCUUUCCAAUAAUAAAUAUUUACAUAGAAAUGUUCUUAUAGUAAACAAGACUGAUGUACAGGAGUCUUAGUUUAUUUUCAGGCAUUUGAUGAAGACAUCUAGGACAGGUGCCUGGUGGACGUGAAUCACACUUCAUCAGAUGUCCGCAGUUAGAAGACGUUUUAUACACCAACCAGCACUGCAACCACCUGCGGUGUAUAGAAGAACUCCUGAUCAGUGCAUGAGGAUCUAUAUAUUGUACACAGUCUGUAUGGCCUUUAAUCAUGUUAGUAGAUAUGGAGUAGUUUUAUUAGUACUGUUUUGCAUAUCCUGCUGGAGUAUAAACAUACCAGCACCUUCCAAGAAAAAUACCACGUAUAUAUGAUCCAACACACUUCACAAUAAACCCCACAGCAAUGAAGUGUGCACAAGACAGCACUGUCAGAACAACUCCAAUUGCCUUUGCUAACCAAUAUAUCAACUGUACUGUCCGCAGGUAUAGCCAACUGCCAAAUCUCUACACAAACAGAAAGUUGCACUGACUGAGGCUAUGACAUGCCUGCUUGUGACUAUACAUUUGCACUUUAGUAUAUUGUUUAUUUAUGCAAUGUGUUUGCGUUAGUAGCAUUAAAGGAUUGAACAAUCUGGCCACUAUGGCAGAUAGGACCAAAUAUAUACUACUUUGAUAUUUUGUAUUUUGUUAGUUUAUUAAUAUUGUGUAAUCAGACUUAAAAUUGUGUUGGAGUAGAAAAUGACCAGAGAUUAUAAUAGAUGCCUUACUAUAAAUCCAUGACAGACAAGCACUCUGUGGCCCUCUAAUUGUGGCAAAUUACAAGAUCAACAUACUUUGCCAGCCAGGGAGUAGCUGUGCAUCCUGGGACUUGUAGUUCUGUUAUUACGUGUAGCAUGCCACAGGUUGUUUUACUCUAAUGUAGACACUGAGUUGUGUAAACAAUGGAAUCAGAAGUGGUUUACUAAACCCAUUGAUUUGUAUUAUUUUCAUACAUAGCUAUGAGACUCAGCCUUAUGCAAAUCAUAGUUCAUACUGUAUUAACACUGCCAAAAAAAUAAUUCCAAAAACAAAUAUUUUAUAUUCUUUUUGUUUUAUUGCAAAGGAAACUUCAACCAUGUUGAGACAGUAUUAAUAUUUAUUCAGUCCCUUGAAUGGCGUUUGUUAUUAACAUGGGCCUGUCAUCGGUGACCAUACAAUCAGAGAGGAUUUAUUUAUUUCACCCUAUAUUAAAAACAGGAAAUGAGUUUCAUAUUAUUUCCCCAGAGCUACAGUCACAAGGACCAGUAACUAAACAGAUUUAAUAAUAGGUGAAAAGGUAAAAGCAUCUUUGGCACAAAUUAAGUAGAGUUAAUGAUGUACUAUUAAACCCAUAAACAUGAAUUAGCUGUGGUAGGUACCCAUGCAUUACUCUGUCUAACACACUGUACUUUUCUAUUCAUAGAUAUCCCAAUUCAUAAUGUCUAUAGUACAUUCAGGGUCAGACUGGCCCACUAGGGUACCAGGGAAACCACUGGUAGGCCCCACUGCCUGAGGGCCCACUCCUUCCUUUAGGGAUCAGGUUCCAGACUGUGCACUUGUAUUAUAGGGAUCAGUACGAAAUCUCGCUGGACGGGAUCCCGGCGGUCGAAAUACCGACACCGGAAUCCCGACCAGCAGAAUCCCGACAGGGGUGGCGAGCGGAAUGCAGCCCCUUGCAGGCACGGUGCCUCGCUACGCUCGGCACACUAUUUUAUUCUCCCUCUAUGGGUGUCGUGGACACCCACGGAGGGAAAAUAUGUCGGGAUUGUGCCGGUUGGAAUUCCGGUGUCGGUAUAUCUACCGCCGGGAUUUCGUCCGGUGGAAUCUUGACCGCAUCCCGUAUUAUACACGGUAGAUAUGUUGCAUUACACUGCACUAAACUAUUGUGUAUUUCAAGCCUCUGUGGAGGUUGGCCACACCCCCUUUGUAGGCUGGCCACACCCAUAAGUAUAGGCCCCUAUAACUGCAUCCCCCCGGUGGGCCCUUCAUGCCCCAGUCCGACACAGAGUACACUUAUGUGCACCUCUUGAUUCAUCCGAAAAACAAACCCAUAAACAUUUGUGUGGUAUUAGUUGUAAUCUUUAAAACACAAAAGUUAUCCAUUUCAUCAUUAUUCAAUCUACCAACAAUACCGAAAACAAUGAAUCCAACUUUGUAAGUUAAAAACUAAUAGCAUAUUUCCUUCCUUGCAUUAUGCUGCCAACAAAACCUGCUGCCUGUGAGGACAGUGGGUAAUGCAGCCAGAGUGGGGCCAAUUUAUGUCCUUGUCACUUUUUCCCAUAGUUUCCAGAACCACCACAUUUGUAAAGUGACAGUGUUUAUAUCUGGACACACACUUGACGAGGUAACAUUGGCAUGUCAUGGUUCUAAUAUGUUAUGUUUUAUGUAGCAGCAUAAAACAGGGAUGAUCAAGGAUCUCAUCUAUCUGAAUCAGGAUCUAAUGUCUACUUGUUGUAGUCAAUGACUGUAAUAUUGUGUCAUACAGAAAUGAUUGAGUUUCUCUCUCUCUCUCUCUCUCUCUCUCUCUCUCGCUACUCAUGCCUCAUUUUGAUUAGCUUCCUCCUCUUUGCUGCAGAGCUAUGAUUGCAGUGCCUUUUCUAAAAAUAACUCUUAAUUUGAUUGCUCUGCUAUUUUUAAAGGGACUGAUUCAUGUAGAUAAUAAUGUUUUAGCUAAAUAUACCUACAGUAUAUAACCAGCCUUUCCAAUCUGAUAUCAAGAUGUUAACAACUGCCCUGCUUCUCUUUUUUUUACAUUGCAAAGAACUGUUGUGUCCAUGCAGAGACACCAGGUCAUGGACACAACAGUCACAACACAUAAAUAAGCAUCUUUCUACUGCGUGGGUGAACUUAUGCUUGCAUCCAUAUGGAAAUUUGGUCACAUCUCACACUUAGGGCUCCCUAUACUGAGAGAGAAGAUGGUGCUGGGAAACGUAUCCUGAGUACAGUAAGGGUUAGUGCACAUAAACACGACCAAUUUAGACCUGAGAGUAGACACAUGGGGCCAAAUGUAAUAGAGUGAGAGUUUCAGAAAGUGAGAGAUUUGGUAAGGUUUAGCAGUUUGUUUUUUUUAGUGCCAAUCACUUACACUGCAAAACCAGGUUGAUCUUGUUGUGUAAAUGAUUGCAACUUUAAAAAAAAACCUGCAAAACCUUACCAAAUCUCUCACUUUUUUAAACUCUCACUCUAUUACAUUUGGCCCAUAUAUGCCUGUGUGGAGGUCUAAAGGGCCCCAUACACUACAUUGACAUGUCGGAGGCUAAAGUCGGAUGCGAUUUCCCUUGAAGUUCCCGGCAGCUUUCCAGCCAUGCCUGCUGUUCCGACAUAGGCCCUCAUUCCGAGUUGUUCGCUCGCAAGCUGCUUUUAGCAGCAUUGCACACGCUAAGCCGCCGCCUACUGGGAGUGAAUCUUAGCUUAGCAAAAUUGCGAACGAAAGAUUCUCAAAAUUGCGAAUAGAAAUUUCUUUGCAGUUUAUGAGUAGCUCUAUACUUACUCUGCCACUGCGAUCAGUUCAGUCAGUUUCGUUCCUGGUUUGACGUCACAAACACACCCAGCGUUCGCCCAGACACUCCCCCGUUUCUCCAGCCUCUCCCGCGUUUUUCCCAGAAACGGUAGCGUUUUUUCACACACUCCCAUAAAACGGCCAGUUUCCGCCCAGAAACACCCACUUCCUGUCAAUCACAUUACGAUCACCAGAACGAAGAAAAAACCUUGUAAUGCCGUGAGUAAAAUACCAAACUUCUUAGCAAAUUUACUUGGCGCAGUCGCAGUGCGAACAUUGCGCAUGCGCAAUUAGCGGAAAAUCGAUGCGAUGCAAAGAAAAUUACCGAGCGAACAACUCGGAAUGAGGGCCAUAGAGUGCAGCACUAACGACCUAGGGGCUCCGAUCCGAUGCUCACAGGACCGUGCAUCGGAUCGGAUGAAAAACACAUCCGAUUUGCCACUUUUCAUCUGAUUUAUCGGGCCGAAAGGUCGAAAUCGGAUGAAAUCGGGCCUUAUCGUCCUAGUGUAUGGAACCCUUGACUCUUGACAAUAUUUGGCCCCUGGAGUAAAAUAUGCAAGGAUGAUGAUGAUGAUGAUGAUGAUGAUGAUGAUGAUGAUUGCUCAGCACACAUCUCUCCCAUCAGCACCCCCCUUAAGGGGUCUAUGUACUAAGCCUUGGAUGGAGAUAAAGUGGACAGAGAUAAAGCACCAGCCAAUCAGCUCCUAAUUACCAUCUUACAGGCUGUGCUUGAAAAAUGACAGCCAGCAGCUGAUUGGCUGGUACUUUAUCUCUGUCCACUUUACCUCUGUCCAAGGCUUUAUCUCUGUCCACUUUGCCUCCGUCCAAGGCUUAGUAAAUAGACCCCUAAGUUAUCACACUUUACAUUACAGUAUUAUAUUGUGUACAAAUUGGGUAGUAUUAAUGACUUUAGCAUCUCUAUGCUAAUGUUACUCCUGACGUAAACCAAGUAUAUAAGCUACUGUUACAGCUAGAAGCAUCUUUAGCUGUGUUCAGCUCAGCAUAAAUCAAGUAAAUUGCAUCUUGUUUUCAGACACAAGUCACGGCAGCAUUUUGUAUGUAAAAUGCAUCCAACUGUACAUGAGGGGUGGUCUUCAGUUUGCCGGCUGUCAGGAUCCCAGCGCACAGUAUACCGGCGCCGGAAUCCCGACAGUCGGCAUACCAACACUUUUUCUCCCUCUUGGAGGUCCACGACCCCCCCUGGAGAGAGUAGAUAGCGUGGCGCGCAUAGCGUGCCACCGUGUCCGCAGCUUGGUGAGCGCAGCGAGCCCACAAGGGGCUAAUUUGCGCUCGCCACGCUGUCGGUAUGCCGGCGGUCGGGAUUCCGGUGCCGGUAUGCUGGUCGCCGGGAGCCCGGCCGCUGGCAUACCCUACUACACCCAUACAUGAGCCCCUAAAUGAGGAGAGAGACGGGGGAGAGGCUGUGCAUUGAUUUGCUAACCCACGCGGUGCUUACCUGCAGAGGAAAAUAAAUACUUUCCAACCUUUUACCAUUACAUAUACUUGCUUCUUCAUUUACUGUAAGUGGUUUACCCAUACAUAGGAAAUAGUGUAGGAACCAAUUUUUAAAAUAUAAUAUAAUGAGCGGAAUAUAAUGCCAUCCGAGUUCGGAUGGCGUGCGGGAUGCCGGCCGGACUCGGACGUUGUUUUAAAGGGGCGAUUAUUUACAAGGCAAAACCAUGUCUUGUAAGUGAUUGCUCCUUUAAAAAAUUGCCCGAGUUCAGCCGGCAUCCCGCACGGCCGCCGAACUCAGGCGGCAUUACAUCCUGCCCCAAUAAAGGCUUUUUAGUCUCAAUUUCACAAAGACAGAAAUUAGAUCAAAGUAACAUUCAUUAUAACAGACCAAUUCGCCUGAUCAAUUCUAAAUUCAUAUUUGUUGAUGCAAUAUUUUUAACUCUAAAAAUGCACAACUAUCUGGAUGCAAGCUAUUGCUUUAAUUUUAAUAAUGUAGAUUGAGGAUGCUUACACAUACUGUAUAUUCACAAUACAUAUGCAGAGUUAUGAUGUUAAGUGUGGGUACAAUGAGAUAAGGUCGGGGAAAAAAGUACAGUAUUUCCUUAUUCCAGCAAAUAUUUUGUGUGAAACUAUAGUUAUAUCAUUCAUUCUUGAUCAGAGUCUGCUUCUUGUGCAGUGAUUACCAAUGCCCCAUAAAAAUAAAAAUGUAUCCCAAACACAUGCCAUAGACAUCUACAUUCACAUUAGGAGACAUCUGGAACCAUAGGGUGACAUGAAAAGUUCCAGGUCCCGGUACUUGAAAGGGGCGUGGGUAGUUGUGUGUGUAUA